CACCUACAUAGAAGAGAGGGGGUGAGGGCGAGAGUAUAGUGUAGGUUAGAGGUAGUUUGCCAGUCUCACAAACAAUGAUAAAGCUCAACCUUCCGCCGCUUCUGCUGCGCUCAUCAGCCGGGUAUCCAAGCCAGCAGCGCAUUCGCACCAUUUCCAUCUUGAGUCAUCGGCAUAGUCCAUCACGAUCAGCCUUGCCAAAGCCGUUUCUGCAGGGACCGACGCACAACCACAACCACCAAAGACCCCCUGUACUUGCUUGGUACACCACCACAACCCCUACCAAGAACUCACCACCACCACCACCACCAGACAUGGCCGCCGAACCCACCGGCCUGAUCGCCAAGUCCGGCAUCGAGCUGCUCACCACGGGCACCCCCAACGGCGUCAAGGCCUCCAUCCUGCUCGAGGAGCUCAAGGACGCCUACGGACUCGAGUACACCUAUCAAGCCAUCGACAUAUCCAAAAACACCCAGAAGCAGGCCUGGUUCACGGCAGUCAACCCGAACGGCCGCAUCCCCGCCAUUGUCGACCACGACCGCAGCGGUUUCGCCGUCUUCGAGGGCGCCGCCAUCCUGUCGUACCUGGCCCGCCACUACGACCCGCGGCACCUCCUCAGCUUCCCGCCCGGGUCCGACGACCACUCGGUCGCCGAGCAGUGGAUCGCCUGGCAGCACGGCGGGCUGGGACCCAUGCAAGGGCAGGCCAACCACUUCCUCUUCGUGGCCAAGGAGAAUCCCUGGGGCGUCCAGCGCUACGUCGGCGAGACGGAGCGCCUCUACGGCGUUCUAGACAAGCGCCUGUCGGAUCGCGACUACGUCGCCGGCCCUGAGAGGGGCCGCUACUCCAUCGCCGAUAUUGCAUUGGUCGGCUGGGUGAACGCCGGCCGCCUGUCUGGCCUGGACACGAAGCAGUUCCCCAGCGUCUACGCCUGGCUCGACCGCUGCCUCGCACGGCCCGCCACAAAGAGGGGCCUCGAAAUUCCAUCGGGGCCGAGCAAGUACGGAAUCGAGGCCUUGGCAAAGCUGGAGGCCGAAGGCGACCAAGAGUUCCUCGCCAAGGACAAGGAGAAGCGCGAAAAGAUUGCCGCCGCCAAAGCCCAGUACAACUACAAAUACGCCUCUCCCUAAACGUGACCACAUUGUCGUGGCCAGCGCAUCAAUGAGUAGAGGCUGCUUAUUUGCCGUGAACAGAUUCUCAUUUGGGCUGAAGUAUGUAUGCUAGUUAGUAGCAACCUGCUGCAAAUGGCGGGUCCGGACAUUAUGUAUACGGUAUAAGGUUUUUUUGCGUUAGGG